GCGUGUCCCGUGAUGUAGAGAGAACCCCGGACAUAUCAAAGUGUUCGCUCCAAACAACGUUCUACUCACCUUUUAAACUCCGAGGAGGACUUUUUUUCGACGGACAGCAGCUGUUACCUUCACGAUGGCUUUGGAUUGAUUGACUUAAAAUGGCAGAGAUUUUUACCACAGUUUUUCUGUCCUGUGUACUACUAUGUGUUCUCCUAAGACAGCUAGUGCUCCAAAACACUGCUACUAAAAAAACUAACUUCAUCAUAAUAUUAGCAGAUGAUAUAGGCUGGGGUGAUCUUGAUGCAAAUUUAAGUCCUGAGGUCAGAAGGAAUAACACACCUUACCUAAACCUGAUGGCCCAGCAGGGACUCAGAUUCACAGACUUUCACUCUCCAGCCUCCACCUGUUCACCAUCUCGAGCGGCCAUCUUAACUGGGCGCUAUGGCCUGAGAAAUGGUGUGACCCACAACUUUGGGGUGAACUCUGUAGCAGGUCUACCCUUGUCUGAGGUCACCUUUCCCCAGUUACUCCAAGCAGCUGGAUACUACACAGCUAUGAUUGGCAAGUGGCAUCUGGGACACAACGGACCCUACAGCCCUACCAACAGAGGGUUCACCAACUAUUUAGGCAUACCGUACAGCAAUGACAUGGGCUGCACAGACACACCUGGAUAUGAUCUACCACAGUGUCCUCCCUGUGACUCACGAGGGCCAAAGGGUAACAGACUCCUGGGAAGUGAACGGAGAGGCUGUUACUCCAAAGUGGGGCUUCCUCUGAUGAAAAACAACAGCAUCGUGGAACAGCCCCUUGACCUCUGGACACUCACAGAAACAUACAAGUCGACUGCACUAAGUAUUAUACAUUAUGCAAGGCAGAAUGGACAGCCCUAUCUGCUGUUUUUAGCUUUGGCACACAUGCACGUUCCACUGGCCCCACGCCUCAGUCCCCCCUUGAGUUCUGACCAUUCAGUGUACACCGCUAGUCUGCAGGAGAUGGACAGCCUGAUAGGGGCACUAAAGAGUGCUGUGGAGGGUUCAGACACCCUAAUUUGGUUUACAGGCGACAAUGGGCCUUGGGAACAGAAGUGUCAGUAUGCCGGGAGUGUGGGACCAUUCAGAGGGAAGUGGCAGGUUAACAAAGGUGGAGGUUCAGCCAAGCGGACUACUUGGGAAGGAGGCCAUAGGGUCCCAACCGUGGCUUACUGGCCUGACAAGAUUCCUCCAAAUACUACCAGCUCUGCCGUACUGAGUGGCAUGGAUAUUUUCUCCACUGUUCUGGCUCUGGCUGGAGUGAUGCCUCCCUCAGACAGACGUUACGAUGGGGUCGAUGCCACUGAUAUCCUCUUGAAAGGGGGACAGACCAGCCGUGAAUUCUUGUUCCACCCAAACAGUGGUGCAGCAGGCCAGUAUGGAGAUCUGCAAACUGCUCGCUGUGGAAAAUACAAAGCUUUUUAUAUUACAGGGGCAGCAGAAGCAUGUGGUGGGUCAACAGGAAGUGAAGAGCUCCAUGACCCCCCUUUAAUAUUUGACCUGGAAGCAGAUGAAGCAGAGGAAAGCCCAUUGGAUCCCCAGACGCCAGAAUAUCGUGAGGUGGCAGACAGGAUUGCCCGUGGGAGAGAGGAGCUGCUCUGGGACAUAGCCACUGACAGAUCUGUGUCUGCAGCAGACUACAGCAUAGACAGUAAGGCCGCACCCUGCUGCGACCCCACACAGCCUGUCUGUCGCUGUCGCACAAGAGGCUUGUCUGUGUAACUAAAUAUUGAUUUGAGAACUGGACACAGUGGAGCUCAAAGUCCAAAUGUGGUCAGACAUUUAUCAACAGAGUAAAGAAAGUGUUAUUUCAAAAGUGUCAAAACUAUUGGAAUGGUCAUAUUCUGCAAGUGUUGUGAAGAUUUUGAGUCACCAAGACUCACACAGUCACAAUUAAACCAAUGUAAUUUUUAACUGGUAAGCAUUGUUUUAUCUCUAAAAUAUGCAAAAACAGUAUGUCCUUGCAUGUACUCCUUGUGGUCUGCAGAGAGCAAAUGAAUGGGAGAAUAAGGAGCUGAAUGUUUACAGAUAAAGCUACUUGCAGUUUAAUAUACACAGUCACUGUAAAAAAGACAGACUACAUUGACUUUCUUGUCAGUUUAAUAAGUUCUAUUGUACAUGUAGUUAUGGAACGAUUUAAGCAGUUUAAAGAUGUUCAACAGUGCCACCCAUUGGCAGCUUCGAUGUAUUACCAUAUGAUCCAUUACAAUAGUACCA